UCUUCCGCCACGGGCCACAGUGGUGAGAUACAGCGAUAUCUUCGUCGUCAUUAGCAGUGGCACAUUCCAUAGCAUAAUAAUCAAGAACAAUAGGAAGUGGUUGUCUUUAGCGCAGCGCCGUGAGUGUGUGAUACAUCCGCCGCAUGUCCACCCAGCAGCCCAGUGCCUUGAACUCAGCUCCGGAUGGGAAGCCUUUCGUGUUAGGCGAAUGCUCCUCGAACCUUUAACAUCGUCGACGUGCUCUUGAGCUGUCGCGGCGCUGAGUGCUUCGACGACGACGACCGAGGCCGCGCCGUGGGCGAGUCCGCAGCAAUGAGCUUCCUGUUCAAGUUGAAACGCAAAGACAAGCGGAGCGUCGAUUCUGCUGUCAUCGAGCAGAUUGGCCAGCCUUUCUCCGUAUCCCAUGUGGUUCAUGUGGGCUUCAAUCCCGCUACGGGACACGUCGAAGGGCUGCCGGAACCAUGGCUCAAGCUGCUGCAACAUGCCAACAUCAGUGCGACAGAACAGAGCCAGCACCCAGCAGCUGUCCUACAGGCGCUCAAGUACUAUCAACAUUCCAUCAAAAACAAGAAUGGUCUGGCCAAAUACCUGGCCACCAAGGAAACCGCAGAGCAGGAGUCCAAGGAGAUUGCCGAUACCAUCCCGGAGCUGAGUGAUGAUGAGAACUUGGCAGAGCAGACAGAGGCACCCAAGUCGCCAAAAAGGGAACCCAAGCCCCCCGAGGCUCCCCCUGCCACCGUCCCGCAGGUGUCGCCUGUGCUGCGCAAGCGGGAGGAGGCACCACGCCCGUCAGAUGAAGAGGUCAUGGCUCAGCUGCGGGCCGUUGUGAACCCGGAGGACCCUAAGGAACGGUACAACCUGCUGGACAAGGUGGGAUCGGGUGCCUCCGGGACGGUGUACACGGCUCUGGACAACACGACUCAGCGCAAAGUGGCCAUCAAGACCAUGGAGCUCUCCCAGCAGCCCAAGAAAGAGCUGAUACUGACGGAGAUUGAGGUGAUGCGGCAGAACAAGCACCUCAACCUGGUCAACUUCCUCGACUCAUACCUGGUUGGCGAAGACCUGUGGGUGGUGAUGGAGUACCUGGAAGGGGGAGCCCUGACGGACGUGGUCUCUGAAACUGUCAUGCGGGAGGAGCAGAUGGCCGCCAUCUGCCUGGAAGCCACUCGGGCCAUAGCUUUCCUUCACUCUAAAGGCAUCAUCCACAGGGACAUCAAGUCUGACAAUGUGCUGCUGGGCAUGGACGGCGCCGUCAAGGUGACCGACUUUGGCUUCUGCGCCCAGAUCCGACCCGACGAGAAGCGGCACACUAUGGUCGGCACCCCAUACUGGAUGGCGCCCGAAGUGGUGACACGCAAGCAGUAUGGCCCCAAGGUGGACGUUUGGUCCCUAGGCAUCAUGGUCAUCGAGAUGAUGGACGGCGAGCCGCCUUACCUCAACGAGACCCCACUGCGUGCGCUCUACCUCAUCGCCACCCACGGCAAGCCCAAGAUUCGCGACGCGGAAAAGCGCUCUCCCGAACUGCUGAGCUUCCUGGACCGAUGCCUCGAGGUGGACGUGGAGGAGCGUGCCACGGCGCAGGAGUUGUUGGCGCACCCGUUCCUAAAGAAGGCCGCCUCGCUCACCACCAUUGUGCCCCUGAUACGGGCAGCCAAGAAGGUGCUGAACAAGGUCUGAAGCAGCCGGUCGUUUGCUGCCGGCCGAUCACCGCCUUGCCUCGCCAACUCCCUGCUUCCACGGGGGAAGCCAUCCUCUGCCCCGAUUGGAUGGACAAAGCCUUCCAGCCGAGUGCCUUUCUCCCCCUCAUUCCGUUCCAUUCCAGACUUAACUUCCAAAACGGUCACACUCUAGUCAGGCUUUAUCCGACGUACGGGGCUUCACUCUUUUUGAAGCCUGCCUGCCGUUUGUUGUUCUAUGCAGAUCUAUAAUUUUUUUUAAAGUUUGUAGUAUUUUUUUUUUUUUUGGAGACACGCUGCUUCACUUGAUUAUUUUUGAUACUGGAUAAAAUAAAAAUGGCUGUUGUUUCCUUUU